GACGGCAGACAACCGUCCGCCUCAGUACGAGGUGGCCCCCGCGACUGUACGGGACGACGACGGCACGUUCCGGCAGCGUCGUUCCGACAACAACGACGACGACGACGACGACGACGACGACGACGACGGCGACGGCGACAACGACGACGACGAGGACGACGGUGGCGGUGACAAUCACGGUCACCAUUAAGAGAACGAGCACACGCCGAUUAGUUCGACCCCCGGGUUCGUCGCGCGCUCCGUCUCGCUCACCUCCUCCGCGACCGGUAACUUACGCUGCCCGUCACGUGAAGCUUACCCCGACUCCAUACCCCGUCUUCUUCGUCGCCGGUUUCUCUUCGGUUCGGUUGUCUGGUACCCCACGGCCACCGGUCGCUCGCGCUGAACGCCGGUUCCCUAAAAUGAGGUAGUCGUGGCCGCACUGGGUUCCUUCGGGUUCGGGAUCGAAAGAUCUGUUCAGUGGGAACGCGAGGAAAGUGCCUGUAAAGGACCGUGCUGAUCCUCGCGAUCGGUCCCGGUGCCGUGGGCGCAGGAGGCAGGCGAGGAGGAAGGGUGAAAACGAAGAAAUCAGGCAGGCAGGGAAGCAGCGGGCUCAGUGAGUUGGGUGAAAAUCGAUGGCCAUCAGCGCCCAUGGGCGGCCUCGCGUUUAGGACAAGGAAUAGCCCCUCCCAGAAGACCUCGCUCCGGUGGGGCGACUGCUGCCCCCCAAAUCCCAACCCAGCGUCGUCGUCGGUCGUCUGGAAGCACCGUCAUCAGGAAAUGCCGCCGGUGCCCGUGUGAGGUUGCCCCCCGCUGUUGCGUGAUUGUACCUCGCGGGGAUUUCAAAGACAUCCAGACGAUCCCAAAGCGGAUCAGCCGCCGAACUUCUCGGACCUACGUCUCCGUCAGCUCGAGCUCGCGCCGGUAGACCCCUACUCCCCGAAAAUGAUCAACAUCGCCGGGGUGGUUUCCAUCGUUCUCUUCUACCUGCUGAUCCUGGGCGUGGGAAUAUGGGCGGCCAGGAAAAAGGAGGCGGGCAACGACUCCGAGGAGGAGGUCAUGCUGGCCGGCCGCUCGAUCGGGCUCUUCGUCGGGAUAUUCACGAUGACGGCGACCUGGGUCGGCGGUGGUUACAUCAACGGCACCGCCGAGGCAAUCUACACCAAGGGCCUGGUCUGGUGCCAGGCACCCUUUGGAUACGCCCUUAGCCUCGUUUUCGGUGGUAUUUUCUUCGCGAACAAGAUGCGACAGCAGGGGUACGUCACGAUGUUGGAUCCGCUUCAAGACGCGUUCGGGGAGCGUAUGGGCGGCCUCCUCUUUCUACCCGCUCUGUGCGGCGAGGUAUUCUGGGCGGCGGGUAUCCUCGCGGCCCUCGGCGCCACGCUGGCGGUCAUCAUCGACAUGGACCAGGGCACCUCCGUCAUCCUGAGCGCCUGCAUCGCGGUUUUCUACACCCUCUUCGGCGGUCUCUAUUCCGUCGCUUAUACCGACGUCAUUCAGCUCUUCUGCAUAUUCAUCGGUCUGUGGAUGUGUAUCCCGUUCGCAUGGACUAAUCCAAAGGUACAAUCUCUUGGUUCCAUGGAUGUCGAUUGGAUCGGCGAAGUGUCCGGCGACGAGUAUUGGUAUUAUUUGGAUUACGGUUUACUUUUGAUAUUCGGCGGUAUACCUUGGCAAGUGUACUUCCAACGCGUCCUCUCCUCGAAAACUGCGGGGAGAGCUCAAGUAUUGAGUUACGUUGCUGCAAUGGGUUGCAUCCUCAUGGCCAUUCCCCCCGUCUUGAUUGGAGCGAUCGCCAAAGCAACUUCUUGGAACGAGACGGACUAUAAAGGCCCUUUUCCUUUCACGGAGACGGAGACCAGCAUGAUUCUGCCGUUGGUCCUGCAACACCUGACACCGGACUUCGUCUCCUUCUUCGGGCUUGGAGCGGUAUCGGCGGCGGUGAUGUCUUCUGCGGACAGCAGCAUCCUCUCUGCUAGUUCGAUGUUUGCUAGAAACGUUUACAAAUUGAUCUUCCGUCAGCGGGCGUCGGAGAUGGAGAUCAUCUGGGUGAUGAGAGCGGGGAUCGGCGUGGUCGGUGUGCUGAGCACAGUGAUGGCCCUUACGAUACCAUCGAUCUACGGCCUCUGGUCGAUGUGCUCGGACUUGGUCUACGUGAUCCUGUUCCCGCAGCUGCUAAUGGUGGUGCACUUCAAGGACUACUGCAACACCUACGGCAGCCUGUCAGCGUACAUAAUCGCCUUCCUGGUGCGCAUCAGCGGCGGCGAGCCGAUGAUGGGGCUGCCCGCGCUAAUACGCUACCCGGGCUACAACGAGGAGACGUCGACGCAAAUGUUCCCAUUCAGGACGAUGGCGAUGCUGAUGUCGCUGAUUACCCUGGUGGGGGUGUCGUACGGCACGCAGUUCGCCUUCCUGACCGGACGGCUCGCGCCGGGCUACGACGUCUUCAGGUGCGUGGUGAACAUCCCGGAGGACGUCGAGCGGGUGGGCCCGGACCCGGCCGAGGGCGAGCAGAUGGCGGUCCUAGCUGCGGGUGUCGGCAGGCUCUACGGCAGCAAGGACGAAUCGAACGGCCGAGUGAACCCUGCGCUCGAGCCGGACUACGACAUGGAGCCGGGAUGUACGAUGGUCGGAAAUACAGCGGACGGCGUCGUCGGCGGCGGUGGUGUCGUCGGCGGCGGCGGCGGCGGGGUCGGCAACGCCGGGACACCUGGUACCCACGUGCCCGGCGGCGCCGCCUCCCGACAGCCGCAAUCCAGCACCGCGUUCUAAUUCCUGGUUCCGUGAUCGGAUGCUGUGACCAACAAUAAGUGCGGCGGUGCGGGUCUCUAUCUUUCGUUUCUUUCCCCUCGCUCAACCCUCCCUCCCUCCGACCUUCUUUUGCUCCCUUCGCCUGCGCCUUUCGUUCGAAACUUCGGUCGAACUUUCCUCUAUGGAUCUUGCCGCUACUCUUUCAUGUUCAAUUAAAUCUGACAGUGUUCCCUUUAAUUCUUGUCAAUAUAAAUAUUCUGUUAAACGCGGUAGAAACUCGGUCCAAGUGCUAAAGUCUCGAAGGGUUUUAUUUCGAUCGGUCGCGGGUUAAUGUCGUUACGUCUAAGAUGUGCGUUAAAAUCCUUUGUUUGCCAAAGAUAUUCGAUCGAAUAAUUGCUAAAGUAAUUCCGAAGGAAACUUUUGGACGAGAAUUAAUACUAGAACGUCCGGUUUUGUCUCCAUGUUGUUUUGCAUCUUGAACCUAGUCUGUCGACGCGAGGCGCAUAAUCAUAUUAUAUAUUUAGGUAGCGUUGCUUCUUCUAAUCUAACGUAUCCUCGAGGGAACAGUGAAGAUAAUUGUCGCGAUGAUUACUCUCGUAGAUGGUCAGCGGCACAAAUUGUACGUCUCGGGGGGUCGUUCUAGUGUUAAUCGGCUUUUCGACUUUCCCGGCCGGUUACGUAAGCCCAACGGUGUUCCGUUUUCCAGUUCGUUUUUCCUUUUCCUACCCGCCUUACGACCACGGAGCUCCGAGAUGAGCCAACAAUGCGGUGGCCUGCGGUAAGUCCGACACGAAGUUUCUUUCGUAUACUCGCGUACCUAUGAGUGUGUAUUUAUGCGUGCGUGUACGUGCGUAUGUGUGCGUGCGUGUGUGUGUGUGUGUGUGUGUGUGUGUGUGUGUGUGUGUGUGUGUGUGUGUGUGUGUGUGUGUGCGUGCGUGUGUGUACAUGUGCGUGUGUCUUUUUGCAUGAAUGUGUGCGCGUGUAUCCGCACGUUUGCACGCUGCUGGUGCUCGUGUAACGAUCUGUACCUGCCCGCGUCCGCUCGCGUUCGUACUCCCGUCGUUGCUCAGACAAAGCAAUAAACGAGAAAAUGGGGAAAAAUGGGGAAAGAGGGGGGGGGAGGCAAAAACGAAAGAGGAAGAUAAAUAGGGUGACUGGGAAGUACGCGCGAGCGGCAAGGGGAUAAGCGUAGCGUUUCCAAACCGGAAGUCGGAGCUUCGGGCGUACACGAGCCGGGCGUCCCUACCCCGCACCGCCAAUUAGGCCUAGUGAUUUCCUUGUUUUCUUUUUGGAGAGGUAUAUAUAUAUAAUAGGUAUAUAUAUAAAUAAUAUAUACAAAAAAAAGAUAUUAUAUAUAUUUAGAGUUUAACAAAGAGCUGCUUGAGAGUGUUUUGAAAUACAAACGAUCUGCCUGAUUCGAGAAGAUCGCGAGGAUCGCGAGGGUUCCCAUUGGAGCUUGAUCGAUCAGCGCGCGUGGCUUCUCUUCGUUAGAAAUUAAUUAGAUCGAGCGGUGUGUUUACGUAGGUUUUGUAAUGAGGUCAUAGAAGUGUCGCGUACUCUCUCUCGACUCUGUGCGAAGAAUCGUUGAAAUUGAAAAUCGGUGGUGAUCUUUCCGAUCUCUGCGGAAUGAUUGAACUUCAGUUAUCGCGCAAUGAAAAUCAGUUAAGGAUUUCAAUCGGACCGAAGCUCUCGAAGCUCAAUAGACGUAACCAAAAGUCGCAAAGCUCACUGAGAGAUGACGAGAAAACGUAUGCGAUGCGAUUGAAGUAGCCUUUGCAUUAUAUUUUUAUUUCGCCUUUCGUGCUGAAUGUGAUUAUCUGAAUUACAUCUGACGUAAAUUGCCAUUUGAUUACUGGGGGCAAUUAUAAAAUGCAUUUUUAACGAAGAUGCGAGAUAAAUCGAUAUCAAGUCACGUUUGGCAUAGACGCGCGAUAAAAGUGUGCUCCGAAGGAUCUCGCGAUUAAUAUUUAUUGUCAGCCUAGAUAUCGGGAGAGCCGUAACUUUGAGAAAUAUCGACAAAUUGUCUUUAAGAUUUAUGGAUGUUAUACUUUCCAAAUGACAUGCUGCCUCGCAAGAGCUCACAACGAUCAUUAUUGUAAAAGAUGUACAUAUUUUCUUCCUCAAACACUGCAUAAAAUAUUUUAAUAUCUUAUCUUGGCAUUAAUAUUGUUCUCCCGAUAUCCUGAAUAUAUUUCUCAAUUUCGGAGUGCCGGCGAUAAAUAUCGAUCGAUCGGGCGCUCCUUCAUGGGCAUGCUAGAAGCGAAACCCCGUCCAUCCUAGUAUGCCAUUCUUCUAUCGCCUCUCUCACUGCAAUUAGUUUGCGCUAUAAUUAGUUAACGUGCGUCGUAAUGUCGAGUGUCCACAUCGGUGUUAGGAGAAGAGGUAAAACGAAGCUUUUGUACUAUUGAUCGAUCGUUCUUUCCUCGCUUCGCCCAGUCGUACAAGAACACACGAGAUACGAACACACGAGACCACACAUACACGUUCAUCCGUACGUGCUAGCAUAAAGGAAAAGUGUAUAGAUGCAUCGUUAGAACUGGUGAUGGCACCGGAGGAUGAUCUAGGACGACCGCUCGUCGUAGAAUUUUAAAUUUCUUCGCGGCUCACGUGAGGCCGAUCUCGUUGUACCGACCAUUAAAGAUAAGUGGCCGGAUUGAAAAUUUAUUUCGCCUUUGCGGAACUUAAAAACGUUGGACGUUUUUAUGUUUGGUUUAAAGUAUGACCUUGAUAUAAAAAUGGAAAGGUAUGACAUUAAGUAGCGUUUUAUAAAAAUUUUAUCAUGUAGCAUCACGUUAAACUUUAAAAAAUUCGAUUCUAAUCACUAAGAAUCGAAAUUUAUGUUACAUUUUUUUGCCACAGACUAAUAAUACUUUGUGCAUUUAGAAAUCUUGUUGAAUUAAUUAUUGACCUCUCAUUUAGUAUAUAAUUGAUUAUUAAUAAUUAUUUUCUAUGCUCUUGUGUGUAUUUUUCUAAUAUUUCAAAGAAUCGCGCGAAUAAAAUUCCAAAUAAAAAAGGCUGAAGCUAAAUAAUUUCAUUAGAAAUCGUCAGAUUUAUACAUAUCGUCGUAAUUAGUGUGAUAUUCGAGAACUCUUAAAAUAUGUGUGUUAACAUUAAUCUGUUGGUCAAUAUUAUUUUCUAUUAUCGAAUCUAUUUCGCUUAAAAGAAGUUAGCAUGCGCAGCUUUUUCGUCGCGUGCGACACGUGAUGGGGCGGCAUUCGUGCGUCAAACUUGAGCCGCGGAGCUUCGGUCGGGCAGACCGUUUGUAGCGCAGGUCCGUUGUGUUUAUCAUAUAGUAUAUAAUAACAUAAAUGUAUGAUAUAAAAAUCAUGAGCGAUAAGUGCAGUAAAGAGCGAGAGAGAUGGGUGACUUAGUGUCGAGGAAAAGAAAUAUAGAUCGCUCUGUCUCUCUCUCUAUAUAUAUUAUAAAUACACGAGAAGACUAAAAAUCCAUAGGUGUUAAUAUCGCAGGUACGAGUUAUCGCCGUCAUUGUUAAUUUUGAGGAUCCGUUUGUUACGUGGGAUUCACAUAUAUAUAUAUGUAUAUUAUUAUAGCACCGAUAUCGAGGUUGCUAUACGCAAUACGCAUAAAACGCCUAGAAGAAUAUGUAAUAUAUAUACAUAUAUAUUUACGCUCGUUAUACCUGAUUGCUCAUUGAGUAUCAUUUUAUUUGCCGCCAAGUCAGGGUGAGAACGCCGCGUUUCGAGACCGACGUCGGCGUCGAGGAUGCGAACGGUGAGAUCUAAAACCGACAACUUUCGAGCGAACCCCAUCAAAGAGGUAAUUAAGCACGGGGGAUGUAACGUUACGUAAUUGAAAAAAAAAAAAGAUAAUGAGUAUUUUUGCAAAUUGCCAUCCCGCGUUCACAUCGCGUUCCGUCGCGCUUUUCGCGCAGCUCCGAUCGAACGUUCUCUGGAUCUCUCUUGCGAGAUGUCAAACGCACUCGCGUGAACCUCCCCUCUCGAAUCUCGAAACGCGACGUCGCGUGCAUAACGACGGGAUGAGGUACUUUAGAUAAUUUCGUAGAAUAGUAGAGCGCGUUUUUUGUACUUAGUUCCUACUCGCCCGACGAAUUGUGAUAAGCGUCCCUGACUUGGCGAAAUUCAACAACGCGAAGUUGAGUUGUACGAGCGUGUCGCUCGAUCGCUCGUUCGUUUACGUCGUCGCGCGAAUAAUCGAUUCGAACCCGUUCAUCAUGCUUGCGAAAUAGUCACCUACUAUUUUUCUCCGGACAGAAUGCGUAUCGGUUGUCCCUAGAGUAGCGUGUGAGUCGAGUAUAUUUUUCUAGUUUACAAAGACGCGUUUUUAUUCCCGCUAGAUCAAGGAUUUUCCGCUCUCUGGACGGACUCACGUUAAGACCUGCCUCCGUGUUGAAUUUUUCAAUGUGCAAGAUUGUUAAUUCGUUUGAAACUCGUAGACAAAUAGUAGAAUAUAUGAAAGUAUAUGGAACUCUUAUAUAUGUUUGAGAUAUCAGAAUUUUAAUAUCGACAUCAAAUAUGUCAAGUGACGUGUUGGACGGAGGUGCUUUUAAACAUAUCAUCAUCAUAUCAAGAAGAUUACGAGGCAAAAAUAACGCAGGGCCACCGCGUCGUCACCGAACAACCACCAAUAAACGACUGCUUAAGAGACAUAAUGAAAUAAAUAAAUAAUUAAAUAAAUAAAGUAAGACUUAAAAAUAAUAAAUUGCAAAUUAAUUGAUAUUUUUUAGACCUAUUUCUCAUACAGAGUUGAUUGUAAAAAAAAUAUUAUAAAAAUAUUAUAUUUUUUACUUGAAAAUGUAAUUACAUUAAGUUGUUUGUCCACUGGCGCGGUGACCCUGCUUACAAAUGUCAGGAAUUUUCAAAGGGCUUCUUGUACUUCAACGACGCGGCAAUCUGCACACAAUAGAAGUCCCUGAUGUAAUAUUCUAAAGCAUUGUGUCAUUUAAAAUAUCUCUUGGCGCGUAUGUGAGUGUAUGUGCGCACGUGCGUAUGUGUGUUGUGUGCAUUAUUUUCUCGUUUACUUCGCAUUUCUUUUAAAGCAUGUUAAGUUGGAGAAUAUUAACAAACGUGUUCAGAUCUUCUUCUCAUUUUCCGGAAGUGGUUUGCAAUCGUGAAUUUCUUUCCGAGACAGCUCGAAUUACACUUGACAACCCGUACAGCACGGAACAGCAAAAACAUUGCAAAACAUUGCUACAAUGCUUCAGCUAUAUUGCAGCAACGAUAAAAUGUCCGCUUUAAAAAUAUUAAUUUUCCUCAGCAAAGACAAAGUUACAGUUAUAUAACUGUUAUAUAACAGAUACAUUGUUGAGUAAGAACUUACAACAAACAUUUAUAUAACUGCAACUUUGUGUUUGCUAGAGUAAUAUUGCAGUAACGUUAAUACAAUACUACACAUGUUGCUGCAAUUUCGCUGUAUCAAUAUUUUUGAAGCGGACAUUUUACCAUUGCUCUUGUUGAAACGUUGCAGCAAUAUUUUGCGAUGCCUUUCCCGUGCUGUGCCGUAUGGGAAAAAUGUUUCAUUUCGUAUUCAAGAUCGCGCGCGUCUUGUCGUUCACGAGCCUCUCUUCCGCGGGAGUUUUUCCAGCGGAAUCGAAAAUGUCGUUAAUCAAUGGAGGGGAAGGGGGCUCUUCCUAGAGAGGGGAGCUUUACGGAUCUCCGGCGAUUUGCCGGAAGUGGCCUAGCCACGUUUCUCGCGCUGCGCGCCGUCGUAUUAUCCGCUCGUUAAGUCAGAGAUGUGCCGCUCGGAGGUGAAAUUACGAGCGCGACGGCGCGAUUCGAAACGUGCGGAGCGAAGCUACGCGAUACCGCGGCGGGGAUUUAGAGGGGGCAGGGGGGAAGAGAGGACACUCGCGCGGGAGCGAGUCGUGAAUCUCUCGCGUCGUGGCAUGCAUCUCCCGUGUAUUUCCGUUCGUCCGUCCGUCAUUAAGCUCCGCGCGGACUUUCACUCGGAUAUUAGAGACGAUGACGAGCGCGCGCGCCGGCUGGCUAAUCCGUGACGCUCGUGGACAAGCGAGCCCGUGAAGAUGCGAAGACGCGCUCGCGUGUUGGGAUUAUUAUCCUUAUUAUAUUCCUGCCGAAGCACGAAAGUAUCAACGCUACAAUGAGCCGCGUGCGAAGACCCGCCGUCUCGCUUCUCGCGCCAGGAAUACGAAAGUAUCACGAACGAAAGUAACCGCGAAUUAUUUUUCUACGCAGCGCGCGCGUUCCCCCCGCCCCCACCCCCACCCCCUUUCGAUCGCUCGUGGAUUUUCCGGCGAGCUCGGAGACGAGAGAUCCUCGAGUAGUCUUGACCCGGUUGAAGCGGAACCACGCGGACGUCAUUUGGGAGUCUGAUAUUUUGAAAUUACGAAAAUUUGCUUAUUUUUAUUUUUCGCUUUGUAAUUGCUAAUUAAGAGGGACUUUUAAUAGGCUCUUGAAGCAUCAAUUUGUCUUGGUCGUAGAUUUAAACGUUUGAGGCCGCGGAACGAACAAGUUCUGACGUUCUUAGAUGGGAAUAAUUGGGUGAUUGCAUUAUAAAUCUGGAAGACGUAAGUCCUUUGAUUCCUUGCUUUUCUCUGUUUUUAGAGUCCCUAUAUUUUCACGUUCUUCAAUAUUUAUACUCAGGAAACCUAAGCAGAUCGUGUUACGUUUAAUGAACGUUUAAAAAAAAUAUUUCGCCAAUUAUGUUUUUCGUUAUGUAUAAAGAUGUUUAUUAAAUGUUUAUUUAACAUUCAUUAAACUGUCGAAAUGUUUCGUAUACGAGCUAGUAAAAUGCCAUGUGUUAAGAUAGACAUUGUAAAGUCUUAGAAAAUAUUUUAUAACGUUUAUCAGAAACACAACAAAUUUUAAACGUUUAUUUUUCUCAACUUGAACGUUUAAAAUUGAUUUUUAACAUUUAUUAGACGUAGCUUGGAUAAGAUGGGAAAAAAUUCGGCAAUUUUAUCGGUUAUUCAUUUCGAUCGAACUUUACGACGAAUUCGCUCGUCGCGAAUAGAUAUUUGUGCUGCGAGAUCGAUCCCAUCGUUUCGUUUGUACGAGAUUUAAGAGAGAGAUGGAGGAGCCGCGUGUUCUCGACACGCGGGACAAACUAGCUAGACAUUUAUAGCUUAUGGGAAUGCUCCCAUAAGACGGCCACGUAUCAUCAACAUAUCAAUCAACGUAUACGUUGUAAUCGGCGACGCAACGAGAAACCUAUACAUAUCAUAAAGUGUGCUCUAUUGUAUAUUAGAUAAUUAGCCGCGGAGAAGAGGAAGCGCGUAAUAAGAUAAGAUUAUAGUUAUGUAUAUAAAACACAUGUAUCCACUGUGGCGAAACGCGCUCGUCGCUCGUGGGGCGAGGACGGGGGACACUCGCGAUUCUUUCUCCAACCGCGAGUGUCCCUCUUGACGUCUGCGCAGCUUGCGCCGUUUGAUCGAGAGACUCGAAUUUUGGAAAUCUCGUUGACACACACAUCGGUCUUGUAGAUUAUUUAAAUUUAACAGAAUUUUCAGAACUCGAAUCGCGAUGUAAAUGGCUGAAGUGAAGCGAAACUUCUUUCGGAUCACCGUGUGUUCCUACUUUCGAGAGACACGAGGGACCUUCGCGCAACUAAGAAUACAAAUUGUAACUUCAUUGAAUUUAAUAUAUUCCAGCUAUUUCAAAAUGACUCCCAUUGACUUUUAAUGAUGUAAAGAGAGUGAAUUUAGUCUGAGGGAGCUUGCGCAUCUCUCUAAGGGUCCGUUUCUCACCGCGGAGCGACGUCGCUUUCGUGCCGCGGAAUAAUAAAAUCGCGAGUCGACGGCCAACCAGUGUCGAAAAUAAGGGGAAAUAAUGAAAAUGCAGAGUCGAGGCUUUCCAGCCCUCGAAUUGGCGAGAUCGUCGAGAUCACUCACCCGCUUGGAGACCAAAAUGGCGUACUUAAUGUUGCGCGUCCCAAACGCACGGGAUGACUUACCUAAUUUACGUAGAAUAACUUAUUAAUCAUGUAAAAAGCAAAAAAAAAACAACAGCGUCCCUUCCCCGCCCGACUCACCCUCUCCCCUUCCUCCCCUUCCUCCCCAUGCCCCGCUCGAGGAGUAUAUCCAUGUAUAUGUAUUGCAGAAGCGUUACUGUAUUAUAUGACAUUAUACGUGUAUAAUUGACAAAACGAAGAGAUGUUGAUUGUAAAUGUUAAAAAUAAACGGUGUACAAAAAAAAAA